AUGGAUCAAUCUAUGAGUGACAGCGUUGUCCCGUCAUACCCAGAAUCAGAUGUCCAUGUCCUCCAUGAAGAUGCCGAGACAGUAACACUCCAGGUCACGUGUUCCCGUACAGAAUUCUUAGAAAAAUCGCGGAAAUUCGACGAACAAAAGGCGCCCAAGGAGGAGAAGCGAGCAGAUGUUGUGGCGACGCUGCAGAAAGUCAUCGAGUUCAUCGAUGAAGUGUGCGAGACGGAGCUUUUGUUCUCCCGCCAAGUAGCCAAAUUAGCCGUCCAGCUCGUGCAGCAAGACGUGCAGCAAGACGCUGAGCCUGGCCAGCAGGAAACCAUAUCCAGCGACUCCGUCAUGACGAUCUUCGAUAUGAUCGACCGUGCCAUCCCCGUCGCGAAGGUUCCGGGGAAAGAUCCCAAAGAGGUCGCGGAGGGGCAGAGGGGCAAGAACGGGCUAUGCAACACGGUGUGGAGAGAGGUCAAGGGGGAAUUGGUGAGGGUUAAGAAGGGGAGGAAGGGUGCAGAACAGGGUGUUGUGAUGAGGAAGUGGGGAUAUGUGUGGAGGAAGACGGAGGGGCUGGAGGGUGCACGAGCGAAACAAUAG